AUGAAGACGAUUGGUCGGACUUGCUGUCUGCUGGUGGUAGUGUCCGAAGCAGCAGCAUAUGGCAGAAGUUUGAGAGCACCGGCACUGGUGGCAGUCCGAACUGCAGAACUCCACAAAGUGUGCGAAGCAUGCGGCGAUGCAGGCUUGAACACACUCCAGAAAUCAUCGGAGUACUGCGAUGAGAUGCACGAUCAAUGCACAUGUUGCCUGAAGGCAGUAAAGGCGAAGUAUAGCGAGAUUUGCUCGAAGUACAUGGGCUUCGGUGGCUGUAUCGACGGCAUCAAGGCUGCUAUCGAGGAUAAGGACAAGGAGUGCAAAGAGAAACAAAAGAUUGCUGAGGCUUUGAAAGACCAGCAGAAGCAGAAGAUCGAGGAUGCAGUGGGCUCCGAUAUUUUCGAUCUCCACAGUGCGAAGGAUCAGGGGAAGAUCGUGGACACGCCGUACAAGGACGAGUGCGCUGCCUACAACUCGCCGAACUGCAAGGACCAGGAAGCGCUCUGCGGCUUUGACUCUGGUUGCGACCGGGAGCUCUGGAAAUGGACCUCUGAGCUACAGCGCGUUGAAGACUGGCAAGGCAUGCUGGAGAACAUACCCUGUUUCUGA